AUGAGAUUCUUUCCCGUCUUUACCUCCAUUAUCGCCUCGCUCAGUGCCGUCCAUGCCUUUGAAACAAUUGAUCAUGACCAAGUUCGCCCUUUCGCACAGCCCAAUGCUGCUACCACCAAGGAAAAGGCUGCUGUCAAAUACAAGCCUCAGCUUUACAUCGAGGACGGAUGCCACCCGUACCCCGCUGUUGAGGAGGAUGGGACAAUCAGCGCAGGACUGGAAUGGUCUGGCGAUCACAACGGACACUGCAAGAAAUCGCCUAGGGGAUCGCAAGUUUACUCGCGCGGUGGUUCCUACAAGGACAAAUACGCCAUCAUGUACGCAUGGUACUUCCCUAAAGGGAAAGGUCACUCCCGCAAACACCAUGAUGAACACCGCCACGACUGGGAGUUCGGCAUCAUCUGGUUUGACCGUGAUUCGGAUACCGACUCAUCAAUUGCCGGUGUCACGACGAACAUCGGUAGAGACUUGCACGACGAAGUUCCGCUUCAACCGGUGCAUGUAGUCGGCUCACACAUCAAGCUGGAAUCCUAUUCGACCUUCUGGAGCGCCAAGCAGGGCCUCCGCCUCACCAAGAAAAAGGGCGAUAUCCAAGAUCUCAUUCAGUGGGAGCAGCUCCCUAAAGCAGCUCAAACAGCACUUAAUGAUGCCGACUUUGACACCGACAAAGCUAAGACCCCCGUCGUAGUGCCAUUCAACGACAACUAUUUUCAAGAGAAAGUCGCGGCUAGUUAUCCGUUUGAGUAA